AAUCAAUCGUUCAUUAAUUCCUUCACGAAUUCAUGCAAUUAACAACCUUCUUAUCAAAACUCCAACUCACAAUAAUGGAUAUCAAGCCAACCAAAGAGCUCUUAUAUGCAAUGGCUGUUGUCAUCGUUACCAUUGCUUAUUUCGCGUUUACAAUGGCUCCAACGGCGAAAACUACAAAGGUCAUAGAACCCACAAAGACCACAAAGAUGAAUCCACUGCCUAAAAAGCUCAAAUGUUUUCGUAUCCGAGGGGUACCGAUCGGAACAACGAAAGAAUCUUUGGAAGAAGAGCUAAUGAAAUGCCUGCCAACAUAUGGGUCUGGUUGCUCUAUCACUCUUGCACGUUCAUCUUCUACCAGACUGAUGGCAACGCUAAAUUCGUUCGAAACCCCGAACUUGCCUUAUACUAUUGAUCAUGAUUUCCUCGGAGUUACACCACUCUUUGAAGGCGAUGAACCGUUUGUAGACAUCGUUUUCGUCCCAGGUCUGGGUAGCCAUCCGAUCGGUUCGUUCAAAGGAAAGAAUAGUGUCUGGAUUCGCGAGUUUCUUCCUAAAGAUUUACCAUCUGCUCGAAUCCUGGCUUAUGGAUACGAUACAUCAAUUCUGGAUAAAAAUGCAAAACAUUCUAUUCCUGAUUUAGCAAAAGCAUUUCUCAGUUCGGUCAGAGCAUUUCGCUCAGCCACUAAGGCGAGCCAAAGACCCCUCAUUUUUGUAGCUCAUAGCCUUGGAGGUCUGUUAGUGAAGGAGGCAUUAUAUAUAGCUAUGAUUGGUAGUGAGAAUCCCGAAAAUAUUGAUUUCUUCAAAUCGUCUUACGGCUUAAUGUUCUUUGGGGUUCCUAACUUGGGGCUUAACAACAAAUCCCUUGUACAGAUUGUGGCUGGAGGACUCAACGAACAAAUGAUCAAGGAUCUCCAAGUGCGCGACGAGGACCAUGGACCAACUCAGUUCUUAAGUACGAUCAAACAGAAUUUCAAGCAAUGCUGCAAGGAAGGACAAUUUCAGAUACGAUCUUACUACGAGUUGAGGAAGACCCAGAUGGUUAGAAAGUUGGAGAAUGGAUCAUUGGUAAAGGAUGGGCCGCUUUGCUAUAUGGUUUCGGAGAGUUCGGCUUGUGAUAUCGGCAUCAAUAACAACUUUUGCUACGAAGAGGGACUUGUUAGAGAUCACUCAGAUCUGGUCAAAUUUGCUGAUCAGUCUGAUGAUGAUUAUACAAAGGUACUCGGUGCGUUGAAAGGUCUUGUCGAUGAAGCGCCUAAUAUUAUUGAAGCAAAGUUUGCUUCAAUCAAAAAACUCUCCUCAGCUGAAAAGCGCCAUUGGGACGAUCUGAAUGUGCCCCAUUAUGGAAAUUUCAAAGAAACCAAGAAAGUGCGAACGGCGGUCGAGGGAACUCUGCAAUGGUUGGUCACUGACCAGCCCUCAGAGUCCCAAGACCAUCCCGACAGACUUCAAAAAAGCAACUUUAUCCAAUGGCGAGACUCUGAUCAAUCAUGCGUCUUGCUGAUCACUGGAACUCCUGGGCAGGGAAAGUCUGUUCUAUCCAACUUCGUUAUAGAUCAUUUGAAGCAGCGACAAAAGCCUCGCGAAAAGAUUAUCUAUUACUUUUGCAAUAUCAAGAAUGAAGAAAGUUCUCGAACCGCAUCAUCUGUUCUUCGAUCUUUUAUUAUUCAACUUUGUGAGGAUCAGCGAUUAUACCAGAAGCUUCCAAAUCGCUUUCAAAAUAAGGACGAAAAGGAAAAGUUCUUUACCGAAUCCCUCGAUGGCCUCUGGAAGGUCUUCCUUGAUUUGAUAAAAACAGAUAUAUAUGGUCGCAUUUAUUUUGUUCUUGAUGGAUUAGAUGUUUACGGCACAGAAAUGGGGGAGCUUCUUGAUCGAUUGAAAGAGCUCUUCACACCAACUCGUACCGAAAAGCCACUUUUGAAAUUACUUUGCACCAGCAGGCCAGAAAGUAAUGUGAUGAAGAUUAAAUUGCCAAUCAGGAGGACCCUUUGUACUUCUAAAGAGGACUUAUCCCUCUUCAUCAACUCUGAGUUGUCCUUAUUCGAAGAAAACGAAGGGUUUACAAGUGAUAUGAAGGAAAUAAUCACCAAGGCUGCACAAGUAGAGGAAAGAACAUUCCUUUGGAUAAGUAUACUUCUUCGCGAACUUCGAAAUCUUACCUCGCCAUCUUUGGAAGAUAUCGAGAACACAAUCGAACAGCUUCCAUUAGAGCUCGAUGCGUUAUAUACUAAUCUUGUUCAGAAAUUGUUAACGAACCAAAAAUACGGGGUAAUAUUAGCCUGGAUAACAUAUGCGGCACGUCCACUUCAUCUGCGGGAAUUGGAAGAUGCUCUCGCUGUUGGCAUGACGAAAGGCGCAAGAAGUUUAGAAGAUUGCAAGAGAAAAAGAAUAACUUUGAACUCUAAAGUCAUUCAAACGAAUCUAGGUAGCUUGAUAGAUAGCUCAGGCAUAUUGGAAAAAGCAGAGAUAUUAAAACAAUUUGAACGACCAGAGAUGCUCCUCGCCAAUACCUGUAUAUCUUAUCUGAAGUUAGAGGACAUUAUCAAGAUUGGUCUCUUAAUACUAAAAGAUGAAGCAUACCUCUUGUCUUACGCCGCGAAUUUUUGGUAUGAACAUAUCAAUACGUUAGAAGAAGCAUUACAAAAUGAAAGGAUACCAAUAUCGAUCUGGACUAUUGCAAUUAUUAUUGAUAAGGAAUGGCUGGUAAAGAUCCUUACAAGUAUGAUCCCGAACAGUUUAAUAGAAGAGUUAGGGGAUAAUUAUGUUACUUCAGCUGCUAGUCAGAGAUUGCAUGUAUUUCAAGGAUUGCUGAAUUCGAUAUACUCUAAAAGAGUAGUAAUUACGAAAGAGGUAGUGAAAGUAGCAGCAAGGAAUAAAAGGAAUGAAAAAGAGAUGAUAAUACUUUUACUUAAGAAAUAA